UUGUUUACUGCCGAUGUUUGCAAUGGUGUUGGAGUUUUCUCAAAGGACGUCACUUGACUGACAAACAGGUCAACACAUUAGAUCAGAUGGAUGUGAUGUCAUGGUUACUCACUCACUUUUCCUGAUGAAGUUUGUCUUGUUUCAAAAAUCUUGAAAUAUGUGCCAGUUAUUAUUAAAAUAAUUUAAUCAUAAAUGUUUAGAAAACAGACUUGAUUUUAAAAAUGAAUAUUUUAAAAUGAACAAUUUAUCCCUGCUCCCUGCUUCAGAUGCUGAGAUUCAGCACUGAGUUUUUUUUAAGUUGGACUUCAGACUGUAUGUUUCAUGUGAAAAAUUGACUGAUACGCUACUCUUCAGUCAACCAUCAAAUCAGUGAGCAUUUUCCUGGCUGUACAUUGUCUCUUUUUCCUGCCCUUCACAUUUUCUAGCAUCUUAUCUCUGCUGUAAGCUUCCAGGGUCACCCCCCACCCUUUGUGCCCUGCUUGUGUCCUGUACUUUUGUCGUGUGACUGCAGAACACAGCACAUCAAGUAAUCAUGUGCGCUUUUACACAGUGCAAUAAAAGAUAUAAGUAACUCCUUAUGAGCCAUUUGUAUAGCAGUGUUGUCUAACGUUGGCUGCAUAACUCCCCUUUUUUUUUAAACAAAUGUCCCGACCUUUUUAACAAUUUCUCGAAAACCAUAUUCCCAGAAUGUUAUAUUUGAGUUUCUAAGGAGGUCAACACCAAUUAGAGUUGAAGCCUAAAUAGUACUGACUGUAAUGUGACAUGUGUUCCUCAAUGGCAGUAUUGUGCCCAAUAUAGUCGAGGUAAUUUCACUGAAUCGGAAACAGAAUCAAAUGUAUUACCAUGGUCUGUGGGGAUCCCACCAACUAGGAAAGGACAUACAGUUAGAUUUAAAAUGAGCAGUUUAAACAGCCAACAUGUGGACAGGAAUCCACUUUAUCGGUAGAUGUCUGUUUAUUUGUGGAAAUACACAACAGAUAGAAGGACUGUAUUGUUAUAUUAUAUAUAACAAUGUAUAACACAUAACAGUAUUGGUGAAAUAUUAAAAGCACUUCUUUCACUUCAAAGGGAGGAUGCAAAAGAUGUCAGGUCUCCUCUGCCCCUUAGGUCCAAUCGAGUGUCUGCUUACAUAUGGCAACAAUAUCAACAAUAUUCUCAUGACUGUAAAUGAAUAAGCUAUGAAAGAAACAUACACUCACAUUUCUGUUUUUUUAAUUAUUUUUUGGAGCAUGAAGUGGAAUUAACUGUCUUCAUUUUCACUGUUAGUUGACUUGUUCUUGACUUAGAGAUGGGAGACUGGCGUUCAGAGAUAUUUGAAGUCAGGAGCUAAGUCAUCCACUCUUCAUAGAUCCACAUCUCAGCUAUAGAGAAAAACAUCUUAUACCUCACCUCCCUUUAUGACUGUAGGACAGAGAGGACUUGAUUAAACUCUCAUGUGUCCGAUGUUCUCAGUUUGUUCUGGUAAAUCACAUGCAGUAUGUAUGACUGCCGCCUUAUGCACAUGCCCCGUGCUCUCGUUGACCUGAGCCGUGAAUCCGAAGCCUCUCAUCCAACGCCAGCGUCAUUCAUUGGCCGAGCCACGCAUAGGUAGAGGGAGAGAGGGUGCCUCUGAGCUCGGAGCGCGGAGAGGAGGGGCUUUUGGACUCCACAACAACGUUGGCGGGAGAGACACUGUAGUGGGAGAGAGAAUGCGGCAGGAGGAGAAAGCAGGGUAUCAGCUGCUCACUCUCAGACGGGGACGUGGAUGGAUUCUUGACUUGUUUUUAACGCAUUCUUCUGCCGCGCAGCAUCCUUUUUAUUAAUCCUUUUAAUACUCCUGAGUGCUGCCGCUUAUCCCAUCCUCAUCACCCAGUCCUGUAUCCCGUUUAGGUACUUUCUCCCUUACCUAUGGCUACCACGCCGUGGACCUCCCUUUGUCUUCUCUUUCUCCACCCUCUCCUCCAGUUAUCUCCUGUAGUUUGAGCCCUCCUUUGUUACCUCCUGCCUCUCAGUAGAGCCGAGUAAUAAUGCCAGUGCUGGAGGGUCUUUGGGGCACUGAUCUGAGCCUGCGGGACCCCACUCUUGGCGUGGAAGUAGAUGACGCUGUCUGUCAAGAUGAGGCCCCCAACUCUCCAGUUUGGGGGCCACUCAGGACACCUCCAGUUACCUGUGGGGGCUUGUCUCUGGCCUUGGAGCUGCCGUCGCUCAUCCGGCAGCUCAGAGCAGCCUGGAGGGCACGGAAGGCAGCGAACCAAGUCCCGGACAGAAGUCAGGGUGGCACUUGGGUGAAAGCCGAAGAGGAGGAGGUGAAGGAAGAGGACAUGUGUGCCCAGCUGGAAGCUGAUGGCAGACUGAGCACUCAACAUGCUGGUGUGUUGCUGGCCGAGAGAAGAGGCUCCUACCCGCUGAUCGACCUGCGCAUCCUCAGAACCAGUGUCCAGCAGGGGGAGGUUGAGACUGGCACGAAGAAGAAGCUGAAGCGCCUCCUGAGCCUCCAGAGGUACUGCCAUGCCUCCAGACUGCUGAGGGGUUUAGUGCCCACGACCCCUGAGUCCCUACACCUGUUGGAUGACGACUACCUGGGUCAAGCUGGGCACAUGUUAUCAAAAGUCGGCAUGUGGAACUUCGACGUCUUCCUCUUCGAUCGUCUUACAAAUGGUAAUGGCCUUGUGACGCUGAUGUGCCAUCUCUUCAACGUCUACGAUCUCAUCCACCACUUCCAGCUGGACAUGGUCAAACUGCACAGGUUUCUGAGUAUGGUGCAAGAAGACUAUCACUCCCAGAACCCUUAUCACAAUGCUGUUCAUGCUGCUGAUGUCACACAAGCCAUGUACUGCUACCUGAAGGAGUCCAAGCUUGCAGAGCAGCUGAGCCCCCUGGACGUGCUCCUGGGUCUCCUGGCUGCAGCCGCUCAUGAUGUGGACCACCCUGGAGUCAACCAGCCGUUCCUCAUCAAAACCAGACACCACUUGGCUUCUCUCUACCAGAACAUGUCAGUGUUGGAGAGCCAUCACUGGAGAUCCACAGUGGGCAUGUUGCGCGAGUCUGGACUCUUGUCACACCUACCUGCCGACAUGUCGCAGGAUAUAGAGCAGCAGCUUGGCUCGCUCAUCCUGGCCACCGACAUCAGCAGGCAGAACGAGUUCUUGUUGACAUUCAGAGAACAUCUGGACAACCAGGACCUGGACCUGCAGCUGGCCUCGCACCGCCACUUCAUCCUGCAGAUCGCUCUGAAGUGUGCCGAUGUCUGUAACCCAUGUCGGGUUUGGCAGCUGAGCAAACAGUGGAGCGAGAGGGUGUGUGAGGAGUUCUACCGUCAGGGUGACUUGGAGAGGAAGUUUGACUUGGAGAUCAGUCCACUGUGUAACCAGCAGUCAGACUCGGUUCCGACCAUCCAGAUCGGCUUCAUCUCUUACAUCGUGGCUCCGCUUUUCGAGGAGUGGCACCGCUUCACUGAGCCCAGCCUCCUCAGCAGGACCAUGAUGACCCACCUCCACAAAAACAAGGCCCACUGGAACUAUCUGCUGUACUCACACGGCUCAUCAGAAUCACAAAUACACCCUGACGCGGACGAGCCGGAGGGAGAUGGAGGAGGAGGAGGAGAUGGCGGAGGAGGAGGCGAAGACAUCCCCUAAUAUCUCCUCCUCUGCGAGGUUUGUCUUUUAAAAACGGAGGCUUGGUAGUCCUCUGGCGUUUUUGCUCCUUCCACGUGGAGCCGGUCAGAGCAGGGAAGAUGGAGCCCUCUGCUGGACAAGGCAGGCGCUGCGACCUGCAAUAAAAGCUGGCGAAUCUUAGUAAAUAAUUCAGACGAACCUUUGCUGCUGAGGAGCCCGUGGUUCUUCGCGACAGACAGAGGUCGCUUUUUUGCACAAUGCUGCUUUGGCAGCAACCAGAAGCCAAAACUAUAAACAAGGCAGCUGUAAAAUGCAAUAUCUUCUGGACUGACACAAGCUUCUGUCGAUAUACAUAGUUACUCGAUUAAUCUCUAGACUUAAAGACACAUAUUAUGCUCUUUCUUUUUUCACUUUUUGUACAGCAUGCACUUUCAAGGUGACUCAUUUUCAAGGUGUUUAAAUGUGGCCAGGAAGUGUGGCCCGAAAGCUAAUACAGAGCCAUAUUGUAUGUUGAGACCAUGUUUCAAACUGUACAUAAAAUAGGUUUCACUUCAGCUCUUAUCGUACCAAACUAUUUGUACCGGAGAGAGAACUUAACCAGCUCAGUAUCGACCAAGCCUUAACAAACUUUGUUAUGGUUCCUAACUUAGACGCGGCGACAAGCACGGCUCAUGCCGAGGUGCCAUCCUGUUCUCUGCUACAUUCGCUCUCAAGUUACCUCUGGAAGUGACGCUGCCGCCUUCGAGCGCGCUCCGUAAUUCUCACCUUCAAUGCAAUACCGAUGUCACACUUUUAUUUCCAUUCAUCCUUGUUCUUUUAUACACGUGUCGACGUAAAAAUAUCAAGCAAAAACACUGAUACCUUUGUACAUACUUUCAGCGUAACCUUUCUAUGCGAUAGUGGGCUCACAUAAGUCACAUGGUGCUAAUAGAAGCCCCGCCCCACGUCUUCCCUCCGAUCAGACUUUCUAUUCUAACCAGAGCUUUAAGGUUGUAUUUAAAAUGUACAAUAAGAAAAGCUCAUGUGCAACAGUGAACUGUCUUGAUAUUAUUGUUGUGAUUCAAUAAGAAAUACUUUAUGUCUUGCGUACUCUCUCAGCCAAUUACUGCUUAAUAUCCUAAUAAAGGAAUUAUGAAAUAUGUAUAUGAAUAUUGGAAAGCUGACGGUGAAGAUAGACAAGGUGGAUAACUGAAAGUUCACGUAUUAUUUCUUGUUAUUUUAAGCUGUAGAUGAAGGAGUUCAUUUUUCAGCCUUUAGGAGCCACAAUCCUGCAGCGAUGCCAUGUGUCACGCUGAGUCAUGAAUGUAGUCAGUCAUUCGUCGACCACCAGCAUCAAAGUCUUCCAUCUGCCACCAGCGUUUUCCUUUGACAGGCAUGUGAUUGUCCUGCAGCUAGCAACACAGAACACUUUGUUUCCGUGGGGUUUUCCUCCACUGAACUCCGCGUCCUGACAUCCCACACACGUCUUUGAUACAGAGGUCGACAUGUACAGAAUGGAAAUGUGUUUUAAAUGUGUAUUCCUGCUCUGACCACCUUUUGAGCACUGUGACGAAUAAACACCGUUUUUGACUCCACAUCAUUCUGAUGUUCCUUUUCACAACCGGCCAAAUCUCACGUUUGUCUUCGACAUUUUCCGCGAUAUACAUACAGCGGUUUCAUAAGUGAGAACUAAAGCUACACACCAGGAGUUCGUUUAUUCAUUCUCUAUCGUUAGAGACUCAAUACAUGUCUCACAGACAGUUUGUUGGGUAGAAAAUAUUUUUAUUUAAAACCCAGUGAGCAAGAAGGUUCAACUCCAUGUUGAGACAUUUAGGUUUAUACCAGUUUAUUUUUUGCUUGGACUUUAUAUGAGCGUUAUUAAUACAUACAGAGCACUUUAAAUUACCAUAAAAAUGUGGCUAAUAUAUUUUUUAAACUAAUAAUUCCACGCUAGCUUAUGUAUGUAUUAACUUAUGUACAGUAUUUUUUCCAUCUCAGGAGGUGUUAUUUUGCUUAAUCUAUUUGCAACACGCGCCUAUGAUUUAAGACACGCAGUAUGCCUGUAUGAACACUAGAUGGCGACGAAAUAACUGAAGUUGCGUCUCGGCGCUGGCAGGUCUCGCUGAGAAGGCCCGCUGCCGCCCACCCCGACCCCCACCCCCCGCGCGCUCCACUCUCCCGCUCUCUGCGGGGCCAAAUGAUGAUGAGGGGCCUCCUUCUUUGUUGACACUAUAAAUACGGCCGUAACUGUCUUGAGCAGCCGCGGGCUGUGAGCUCUUCUGUCAAUAGAGGCUAAAUGAAGGGGCUUUAACCAAACAACUUCAUAGAAACGGCAGCUUAACUCGUCUGUUUGUUUCUGAGUUCGGGACGAAAAUGAAAUGGUGUUGAUGGUGAAGAUGCGUCUUAUACUGCCUUGGUGACGUCACACCCGAGUUGGUGAUGGAUGUGUGUUUUUAUUAUG